CGCGAACUCAACAAGUUAAAAUUAUUUGACGAUUUAACCCUUUUAAUUCUUAAAAUUUGUCUCCAAAUAUUUGUGGAGUAGUUGUGGACCUGUUUGUGUACUCGAACGUUAUAUACCAGUAAAUGUGAAUGAUUUCUCAUUUCGAAGGAAAUACUUGAUCUCUACAACAAAAUUGUUAGCCUCAACGUCUCGCUUGCCCGCCAACUUUGUAAGCUACUGACGCCACGCUUUGUCUAUUUGUCGGCCCAAUUGGAUAGCCCCACAUAGGACUUCAAUAGCCUUCGGUUGAACAACAAAACAACUCUACAAUACUGUGUUACGGUUGGCUUCAACGAAUUUGUUUCUAUAUGGUAAUUAUAUAUUAUAUACUAUAUAUAUAUAUAUUUUUUUUUAAAUUUAUAAUCUAAUUUGAACACCAUGGCUACAUGUUCACGGCCUACGGUUGGAACUCCACCAAAAUCGCAAUCAUUGACGUCGAAUAUCACUCAAAGAAAUAUCGCUUGUUUAGAUAACUGUACAAUGAAAGAUUUCAAAGGUAAACCAAUUGAAUGUGCUCUCUGUUCUUCCGAGUUUCAUCCACAAUGUGUUGGACUAAAUGCGUCAGGAAAGAGACCGACAUGGUUCUGCCCAAAUUGUAAAGACAUUACUUCAAGCAUUACUAUCUUGAAAAUCGAAAUAGAUCAAAUCAAGAAGGAUAUGAAACAAAUCAAAGAUGAAAAUAACAGCUUGAAAAGAGAAAAUAAGAAGCUAAAAUCAGAACUCCAAGCUCAAACGGAAAGUAUAGCUAACCUAACUACAGACGCCCAUCAUGAGCCAGCGAAUAAAACAGAACCCAUUCCAGGACAAGAAAGGAAUUCAACCUUGCUCAUUGGAGAUUCAAUCAUAAAACAUAUAAAUGAAAGGGGCCUUUGUAACACUAAAUUUAAAUGCAUGCCUGGUGCGAAAAUCCGAGAAAUUAAGGAAAAUAUAACACAUGUUAUACAGGCGGAUCCUGCUAAAUUCGACACAAUCAUUAUCCAUGCCGGGACGAAUGAUUGCUCAAUAAACGACGCCCAUCUCAACAAUGCAUCAAAGGACAUCCGCGACUUAGUACAAGAUAUGAAAACAAAAGCGCCAAACACCAAGCUUAUCAUUUCAACGAUUUGCCCACGAACAGAUAACCAGAAAUUUCAAGAGAGAGUCGACAAACUAAAUAACAACUUCAAGGAAAUUGCGACUGAAGAGGACUGUACGAUUGUCAACAAUGACCUGACAUUUAAGAUGUCGAACAAUGAAUGCGAACAAACUACCCUAAAUAGAAGUGGUCUACACCUCAGCAAAUAUGGAACAAAGAAACUCCUGAACAACAUUAUCCCGACUCACUGCAUAAUCAAACCCAAAUCACCUACCACCGAUCGACACCAUAAGUAUACCAACAGAGUCCACAUAGCAAUACAGACCGAUCGCAUAGACACCUACAUCAACGACAAACGCCAAAAAAAGCUUUCUGCUACUUCUGCGGAGAAACAAAUCAUCAUAUGA